CUUUGUCUGUCUGGCCGUUACCAAUCGAGUCGUUCGCUGUUUUUGAAUUCCAGCGUGAUUUUAUUUGUGAAAUCUGUCUCUAACUGACAUUGCAACCACUACGCAUCUGAUUACAUUCUGCCUUGUAUUAUCUGUACUGUUUGACUGUAAUCGUUUCUUAAAAUGGCUCAUUAUAGACCCGGUGACUUGAUUUUUGGUAAAGUGCGUGGAUACCCGCCUUGGCCAGCUCGCAUUGAAUCGCCAAAGCCUGGGCAGAAAAUUCCCCCUAAUAAAUAUCCAGUGUUUUUUUUUGGAACGUAUGAAACAGGUAUUGUUCAAGCAAAAGAUAUAUUUCCAUAUGAAAAGUUUAAAGAAAAAUACGGUAAGUCUCAAAAAAGACGGUUCUUUAAUGAAGGUUUAUGGGAGAUAGAGAAUAAUCCUACAGUCAGUGGUCCUACUGCAGCAAGUGAAAAGCAAGAAGCUAGUGGUAGUGAAGAAAGUGAAGAAGAAACACAAGAAGAAGUGAAAGAGGAAGAUAAGAAAAAAGAUGCUCAGAAAAAAAAGGAAGAGAAGAAGCCGAAAGUUAAAACUGCCCAGAAGCGUAAGCGAACUGCCAAAAGUGUUGAACCUGAAAGAAGUCGUAGUGGUCGAAUGAUCAAAAGAAAGAAGUUUAGCUCCGACAGUGAGGGAUCGGAUGAAAAUGCUGAAGAAGAAGGUUCAGAAGUGAAAAAAGAAGAAUCUGCUGGUAAAGAGGAUAAAUUGGAUGCCAUUGCAUCACCACCAGAAAGUGACUCUGAAAAUAAAGAUGCUCAGAAAUCUGAAAAAGAAGAAUUAGAGAGUGACUCUGAUGAUGAGCCUCUGUCAAAACAUACGGAAAAAUUGGAAAAGAAAAAGAAGGAAAAUUCAAAGGAAGCUGUUAAAAAUGAUAAAAAAAUAAGUUCACGAUCUAAACCUGAUGAAGACAUUGAAGAGAAAAAAGCACAGAAAAAGUCUAAGAAGAAUGAAGACGAUGAUGUGUCUCGUACAGUAGAAUGUAAUAACGUUUCUGUAUCAUUAGUCAAACUCUCAAAUGAAAAAUGCAAUGAAGCUAUGGGGAAAAAGACUAAAGAGAAGAAAGAUAUUUCUGACGAAAAGCCUCCAAAAGAAAAAAUAGAAGAAAAGGCACUUAAAACAAAGGUAGAGGGAAAAGCUUCAAAAAGCAAAAACAGUGAUAUGAAAAGUAAAAGUGUGGAGGAAAAAGAAAGCAAGUCUACAAAAAAUAAAAAUAACAAGGAUAAAAGUUCUCAGCAUAAAGAAGAAAGGAGCGGGAAAGUAAAAUCAAAGCAUGAGGAAUCUUCAAGUGAUAAAGAAAUAAAGGAGAAAACGCAGGAAAAUAGUGUUGAUAAAUCAGCUAAAAAGCAAAAAUCUGAAAUAGGUGAUGAUCAUGAAAAGAAAAACAAGGCACCCGAAGAUGAUGAAAAAUUAAAAAAGAAACUUGAGAAGAAAUUAGAGGAAAAAGAAGAAAAAAAAAGGAUAAAAUAUGAAAUGAAAAAAAAGGAAAAAUUAGAAAAGUUGAAAGUUGAGAAUGAUCUUGGCAUAAAGUUGUCAGAAAUAGACAAUAAAAUAAAGCACAGUUUACAUUUCUCGAAUAUGGAUGUAAAUGCAUGCUUGGAUGCCAUGAAUGAGCUUGACAACAUGUCACUUAACAUGGGAGUCUUAAAAAAGAAUCAAGCAGUGUUUUUUACCUUGAAAAAAUGCCGUAAAUUUAUGAAAAGUGAAUCUGUACGUCAGAAAGCAGACUAUUUGUAUAAUAAGUUUAAAAUUUAUUUCAUUAGUAUUAAAGAUGGUGCAAGUGUUUCAGAGAAAGAAAACAAAAAGCUGGAGCAGUCUUCGAAUGAACAGCACAUAGAAAGUGAAAUGGACAGUGCAUCUCAGGGUGAGGAGGGAAAAGUGUGAAAAAUAGUGAUACACAUCCUUUAAAGAUGUGUGGUUUAUCUGUUUACAUGUAUAACAUCAGUGGAGGAAGAGACACUAUUUUAUUGUGUGUUUAAUUACAAAGAAACAUGUUUUAACAUGAAGAAUCAUCUGUUAUCUUUUUGUUAUCAUCACUUGUUAGCUGUCGUUUUUAUCCAUACUAAUGUCUUCUGCCAUUCAAUUUUUUUCCAUUGUUGUUAUAUUUGGUACUCCAUAUUAGUAAUAUUUUCACUUGACUUAAUUGCCUAAAACAUAUAGGCAUGUGAGUUUGAUAUCGCAUUUAUAUAGUGUUUUGCAAUGCAAUAUAGUGAACUAACAAAAUUCUUUAUACCUGUUAUUUUAAAGAGGAAUAUUUUUGUUAAUUUGAAACCCAUAAAAGUUCAUAAUUGCAUUGUAUUAAAAAAAGAAUAAAUUGUCCUGUACUACUUAAUGAUGUAAUAAAUUAUGAAGUUUGAUGUUUAAGUGCUUUAUGCAAAUAAAUGCUUACAGUUAAAUUUUUCUGUUAAUGUGCAUGUGGGUAUAAUGAAUUAUUCAAUUUCUAAAUUGCUUUAUUGUCAGCUACUUCCCCCCCCUUCUGA